AUGGAUGCUCGAAGAGUUUUCGACCAGAUGUGCUCGCACGACGUCAUGUCGUGGACUUCGCUGGUUCUGGCCUGUGUCGAUUGCGGAGAGGAAGACACGGCACUAGAGCUGUUCCAACGUAUGAUAUGCGAGGGGCAUGCGCUCACGUCUUCGAGCAUUGUCACAGCAGCACUCAAGGCUUGCAUCCGCGUCGCUGCAAGGGAAGAGGCCACUCAGGUGGAUGGAAAGGCUGUCAAAGUUUCGUCACUGGAGAAAGGGAUUGCUAUCCAUUGCCAGGCAUCCAAACUCCUUCGACACUGGGACUUCGUUUUGGACAGCAGUUUGAUGGAGAUGUAUGCCAAGUGUGGGAGUCUGGUGGACGCCCAGCGAGUUUUCGACAGCAUGCCACACCGUGAUGUAGUCUCGUGGACAGUGCUCAUGUCGGGGUACGCGGAAUGUGGUGAUGGAAACAAAGUUUUGGAGCUCUUUGUGGGAAUGAAACUGAAACUCGGUCAGGCCUGCUGUGCUCUAGAUGCUCGAGUCUUCGUCCCCGUGCUCAAGGGAAGCUCUUCUGUGGGAUCGCUGGAAGUCACUAAAGCCAUUGUUGGGGAAGUAUACAGAUAUGGAGCCGAGAAAGACAUUGUGCUCUCCAACAGCAUGGUGGACGUGUUUGGAAAAGCCGGAAGUAUGAACGACGCACAGCAGACGUUUGACGCAGACUCGAGAUCUGAUAGCAUGGAACGCUCUCGCAGCUGGAUACAGCCGCCAGGGCGACGCCGAGAAGGUCCUGGAUGUCUUUCACCGGGCUGUGGACGACGAAGGAGUUGA